AAAACCUAGGUAUUGUUAGGACAUGGCACCCUGGCUUGGUUGGAGUAAAUUUUCUAGCUUUGGCACUAGGUGUAGAUUGGACAUUGGGAGAAAAUGUUGUGUUGCAACCAAGUUUUGACCAUAUAUUACUUGUGAUUCUGGGUUUGUUCUGUAACAUUGACUAAAACUGUGUAGUUUUCUGAGAGAAUUGAGAGCUCAGUGCAAAGUAGUUGAUCUGGCUAGAAGAAGUAUUUUAAAUCGCCUCAAAAAUCCGGCUGUUAAUUUAUGUUAUAUUUUAUUUUAAAUUAUGUAGCCCCUUAGGUUGUUUUUUUUGUUUACAGAAAUUACUCCCCUUAAAAUGAUUAGUGUGUAUGUCAACAAUUACACAUUUAAUAGAAGGAAAAUCAUUUUCCUGAUAGUUUUCUUUUAACUUGUCUUUUAGAGAGAGAGAUGUCAUCAGUGGAAUCACACCAGGAACAAUUGUCCCAGUCAGAUCCAUCUCCAUCACCAAACUCAUGCAGUUCCUUUGAGCUAAUAGACAUGGAUGCUGCCAGUUUGUAUGAACCCGUUUCUCCUCAUUGGUUUUACUGUAAGAUCAUAGAUUCUAAGGAGACAUGGAUUCCUUUCAACUCUGAGGAUUCACAACAGCUGGAAGAGGCAUAUGGCUCUGGAAAAGAUUGUAAUGGGAGAGUUGUCCCCACUGAUGGGGGCAGGUAUGAUGUUCAUCUGGGGGAGAGGAUGCGGUAUGCUGUAUACUGGGAUGAGCUAGCAUCAGAAGUAAGACGGUGUACCUGGUUUUAUAAGGGAGACAAAGACAAUAAAUACGUGCCCUACUCGGAGAGCUUUAGCCAAGUGUUAGAGGUAAUGCUAUUUGACUGUAUAUUAUGUUUUGAAAGACAUACAUCCCUUUGGAAUGUAUAUAGAGAGAUAACUUUAAUAUAGAUAUCUUUAUUGCUCUCAUCUUUUCUAUUUAAGCUCAUGGUGCAUUACCAGCCAGUCGCAGGGACUGAUGAAUGGGGUUCAACACCCACUGAGCAAGGUCGACCAAGAACAGUGAAGAGAGGUGUUGAGAACAUCUCUGUUGACAUUCAUUGUGGGGAACCUUUGCAAAUAGAUCACUUGGUUUUUGUCGUCCAUGGGAUUGGACCAGCUUGUGAUCUCCGCUUUCGAAGCAUUGUACAGUGUGUUAAUGAUUUUCGCAAUGUCUCCUUGAACCUGCUCCGGACCCAUUUUAAGAAAGCCCAGGAAAAUCAGCAGAUGGGGAGGGUAGAGUUUCUUCCAGUCAACUGGCACAGUCCUUUGCAUUCUACUGGUGUUGAUGUAGAUCUGCAGCGAAUAACCCUGCCCAGCAUUAACCGCCUUAGACAUUUCACCAAUGACACAAUUCUGGAUGUCUUCUUCUACAAUAGCCCCACCUACUGUCAGACUAUUGUGGACACAGUUGCUUCUGAAAUGAACCGAAUAUACACACUUUUUCUGCAGAGGAACCCUGAUUUCAAAGGGGGUGUAUCCAUUGCUGGUCAUAGUUUAGGUUCGCUUAUAUUGUUUGAUAUCCUAACAAAUCAGAAAGAUUCUUUGGGGGAUAUUGACAGUGAAAAGGCGUCGCUAAAUAUUGUUAUGGAUCAAGGAGACACACCAACACUAGAGGAAGAUUUGAAGAAACUCCAGCUCUCUGAAUUCUUUAAUAUCUUUGAGGAGGAGAAAGUAGAUAAAGCAGCUCUGGCUUUAUGUACAGACAAAGAUCUUCAGGAAAUGGGAAUCCCUUUAGGACCAAGAAAGAAGAUAUUGAACUAUUUUAGUAUUAAAAAAACUUCAACGGGCAUGAAUAGACCAACCCCACAAUCAGCUUCAGGGCCGAGUGUGUCUAACAUCCCCAAAGAAUCUGAGUUCUGCAGUAGUACUGAUGGUACUAGAAACGAUACUUUUCUGGACGUUGGCAUCGGCCAGGUAUCUGUAAAGUACCCCCGGCUUAUCUAUAAACCAGAAAUAUUUUUUGCCUUUGGAUCUCCCAUUGGGAUGUUCCUUACUGUCCGUGGACUAAAAAGAAUUGAUCCCAACUACAGAUUUCCAACGUGCAAAGGUUUCUUCAAUAUUUAUCACCCUUUUGAUCCUGUGGCCUAUAGGAUUGAACCGAUGGUGGUCCCAGGAGUGGAAUUUGAGCCAAUGCUGAUCCCACAUCAUAAAGGCAGGAAGCGGAUGCACUUAGAACUGAGAGAGGGCUUGACCCGGAUGAGUAUGGACCUGAAGAACAACUUGCUAGGCUCCCUGCGGAUGGCCUGGAAGUCUUUCACCAGAGUUCCACACCCUGCCUUACAAGCUUCAGAAACUGCAGAAGAAACUGAAGCUGAGCUGGAAUCAAGUUCAGAGAAGCCCAGUGAUGUUAACACAGACGAGACCUCUGAGGCAGUUCAAGAAGAAGUUCCACCCAUCAAUGUGGGAAUGCUGAACGGAGGCCAGCGCAUUGACUAUGUGCUACAGGAGAAACCCAUUGAGAGUUUUAAUGAAUAUUUAUUUGCUUUACAAAGCCAUCUCUGCUACUGGGAGUCUGAAGAUACAGUAUUGCUGGUCCUCAAAGAAAUCUACCAAACCCAGGGUAUCUUCCUUGAUCAGCCUUUACAGUAAAAAUGACCCAUCUGUGGCUGCUUAAUGUAAGUUUUUAAUUGUCACGUAUCUAGGAUAGUCCUCGACAUUCCUAACAUGUUGUAAGAAGCUAGGGAGCCUCAAGUUCUUUAUAAAUAUACUUUUCUGUUAUCUGUCACCAACAUGUAGGUUACUGCUCAUUUUUAGAAGGACUCUGGUUAAAAUUCAUGGGGAAAAAGCACAAGAGCUCCCUCAGGGGAAGACUGGUGUAUGUCUGUUGUGUUAGUGAUUUUGUCCCAUAACACCUGUCGUUUUUAGGAUCUAAACUCAGAAUCUUAAAAGCUGUGAUCAUCUAAGAGUUUCCAUGAUAACAGCUAUAAUUUAAAUCACGGACAGCCCAUUCAGUGAUUUAAACUGUUCAGCCUUUUGGAUGUGUAACUAGAGUCUGUGUGCCAGCCUGUGGCAUUUUCUCUGCCUGCCUUCCAUCGUGAGCGCAUGCCGACCUCUUUUCCCACUCUCUUCCCUAGAUGGGGCGUUGAGGGAGCCUUCCCCAGAAAACCCACCUGUUAUUGCUGCAGCUUUCCUCUCCUGAGCCGCAUCCAUAUCCUGCAUGUUGCCUGCCACUUACUCACCACUGGGGUCUUUGGAAGAUAAUCUUCCUUUUUGGAAGUGAGAUGAAAAGCAAAGGGAAGACCCCAUUACUCGUUUUGUUUAACAAACUUGCCAUUCUUCAUGGCGGGGGGGUGGUUUGCAGCUUUAAUUCCUUAAUGAUAGUAUAUAGGUGCCACGCUUUAUUACUUGAGAUGGUAUAAAGUCUGUUUUGGGUUUGAUUUAUUUUUCGUCAGGUAGAAAUUUUUCUAGGAAAUAAUUGCUUAUCUUUAGAAAAUCUUGUAGUUUUGAAAGCAGAUUCUUGAGAUUUAGAAGGCAUUUUGGGAUAUACUCAUCUCUUGUCUGCACUUGAAGACCAAGUCUAAGUGGAUAUAGGAAAGGUUUUGUCAGGCAGGUAGUUUUUUUUUUUUUUUGAACCAACUUUUCUUUCCUAUGUGUACUGGAUGAAGACUACAGAGUGUAGCUUUAAAAGGGUAUUGUUUCCUCUCUACAGAUGACUGACAGGCUUAUUAUUGCUAGAAAUCACUGAUGCUAUUCAUUGUUUUUACGCUGUCUGAGCUGCUAUAAGAGUCUAAAGUGGGUGAUUUAGUUCACACUAGAUACAUCUCUAUAAAGCAAAGAUGUUAUGUAUCCUAGGCCUUUUAUAUCAUACUUCAAAUUGGGAGACUCAAGAUGAAGUCUGACUUAAGUUAUUUGAUAAUAGCUUCUAUUCUUAUGUUUCAGGUAAAGUUGUAAGAGCUGACAAAUCUGAAAUAACACAGCGUUGAUGGAUGGUUAGGUUAUAAAUAAAAUCUUUUAACGGUGCCUUUAUAGUGAAAGAAAACUUGUAUAAGUCACUGGCCAGGUCCACUUGGGCAAUGGCGGUAUAUUUUGUGCUCUUUAAAAACAUUCUGUAAACAUCAUUGCCUUCUUAAGUACCCACAGCCCAGAAUGCUUAUUUAAAAGGCACUUGGCAUAGCAGAUAGGUUUGGCAGGGGGAAAUGUUUAAUUCAACUUAUUCUGUAAGAAAAACCUGUGCCUAUAGGGUCCUAGGAAUUGCAGAAUCAGUGCCAGCUGAGUCUGGAACACGCAAAGUGAGGCUUACCUUACAGACAACAGGUGAUUGUAGGCUAAUUUUUUCCAAGGCAUCUGCUCACCACUUUGCAGUAGUUGUUUUCUUCUGCGUUGGUCAGAGGUAGUCAUUGUGGUCAAAGGUAGUCAUUGUCUUUGCAGUUCUCCUUAUGAUGGUCCUUUAUACUUCCUCUCAGAUUUCCACAGGCCCCGCUUUAGAGAGUAGCAUAGGUAGACAAGCUGCAUUUUGUUUUUUAAUAAAUUUUUUUUUUGUAAAUGUAUCAUGGUAUCCAAAGGACUGGCAUUUAUUAUUCACUUGAGCUGCCCCUCAGGCAGGCAACAGUGGUCUUUAUCCCUUUCUGGAGAUGAAAGGGAAGGUUAAUUAGUGUCACGCUGGAGAUGGUGAAGGAGAGGUUAUAGUCAGAGCCUGGCCUUUCCUCAUCCAUCUGCUUAUAGACUAAUGCUGACUCAGCCACGAAGAUGUUUCACAUUUUUGGAAUAUUAUAUUUUCCAUGUUAAGUAAACCCCGAGUUUCAAGUAAGGGUUACUGAGAAUUAAGUAGCAUUCACUAUAUAUUAAAGAGAAAGCUUUUUACACAUUGCUGUCUUCAAAUUUAAAUUUCCUCUUCAUAUUAGAAUAGGUACUAGUUAAGAGUAAACCAAAGGACAAGCAAGAGUGAGUCCCUGCAACCAAAGAUGGAGAGCAUGGCCCGGGAGAGCUGGGUAAACCACUGUUUGUACUGAUGGUGGUGAGGGCUGGGUAAUGGUAAAAGAGCUUUAUAUCUCGUCCAGACACCUGUGGUAUUAUUAUGGGGUCAUAAGCUUAAAAUCUUUUAUUUAGUUGUAGAUUAUUUGCACUAUUUCAGUUGUUUCAUGUGCAAUCUCUGACCAAACCUAAUUGUAAACUCUGGUACAGCAUUAUAUUGUACAUAGUCCCAGCUGCUGAAUUAGUAUUGCUUACUUCAGCAAGAGAUUGUUUGCAUGGAAAGAUUAAUAGCACUGAUUAGGUUUCUAAUAUUUUGCACUUUUGAAAUGUUUGUUUUUUACAUGAUUAUAUUUAAAACUUCAGUAAAUACUUCAAUAAAACUAUAUUGACCAGUUGCCUGCUUUUACCUGGCUUUAUCUAUCAUAAAGAAAACUGACACAAUAACCAUUUUCUCUUCCCCUAUAUAUUACUAAAACAAGUAUAAAAAUAAAACUUUUAGGCAAAGAACUUGUAUUUAAGUUCUUUUCCCUUGACUGGUGUUUUCAUUGUCAUAAGCAGCUAUAGUUGAGAAUUUAAAGCAUGACAAUUAUGAGGUGAACACGGAGAAUCCUUCCGUGUUUAUAAACAUCAGUCACUACUACAGACAACACAAUUGAAUUGCUUCUGUCAGUCAGAUGGGGAAGCUAGUGUUGUACUUUCAAAGUGUUCCCCACCCCCUAAGAAGUGGUAUUUUACAUACGAGAAAAAGCACAUUCACAUUUUAUUUGAAUAUUGACCUUACUGAAGGAAAAGAUGCACUGAAAAUAUAGAAAAAAAUACGUAAGACAAGGUCAUAUUUAAAGUAUGAUCACAAUAAAAUGGCAGGUGUAGAUCCUAUACCAGCAGGUCUGACGAGAACC